UUCCCUGCUGUAAGGAAGGCAAGGCGAAGGCCUGCGUGUGACAGUGGGGACAGGACGUAGCCCAGCCUCCAGGAUGAGACUGAAGGACCGGUCUAUGAGCCUGCGCCUAUUGCCACCAUCCCGGAGAAGGCUAAGCAGCAAGGACGCCUAGGUUUCUCACAGCGGGUGGGGGCUGGGGCCUCCGUCCGGGAGGACGUCACCCGUUAAACUUCCUCUGUCAGCCACACAGGAAGCUGAGCCGGCUCGGGGCCCAGCCCCAAGCAAGCACAGGCCCCCAGGACCCCUGGGGAAAGGGCCCAGCCGGGCUAGCCCUGCAGGGACCAUGGGAUCCAGAGCCGAAGGGGGUCCCCCCGCUGUGUUUGACUGGUUCUUCGAAGCAGCCUGCCCGGCCUCCCUGCAGGAGGAUCCCCCCAUUCUGCGGCAGUUUCCCCCGGACUUCAGGGACCAGGAAGCUAUGCAGAUGGUGCCCAAGUUUUGCUUCCCUUUUGAUGUAGAAAGGGAGCCCCCCAGCCCUGCAGUCCAGCAUUUCACAUUCGCCCUCACGGACCUGGCGGGCAACCGAAGAUUCGGUUUCUGUCGCCUGCGAGCUGGUGCUCAGAGUUGCCUGUGCAUCCUCAGUCAUCUGCCAUGGUUUGAGGUAUUCUACAAGCUACUGAACACAGUGGGGGACUUCCUAGCUCAGGACCAAGUCUCCGAGGCUGAAGAACUUCUUCUAAACUUGCUGCAGCAACCCCCUCCUGGGCCCCAGGUCUCAGGAGGGCUGGAGUUGGGCAGCGGAGUGACCAUCUCCAGUGUGCACGGAAUACUCCCUCCCGCCCCCGGGAACAGCAGACUGCUUUCCUGCUUUGUGGCUCCCGACUCUGGCUCCCUGCCCUCCAUUCCUGAGAAUAGAAACCUAACGGAGCUGGUGGUGGCGGUGAAGGAUGAGAACAUCGUGGGCCUGUUCGCUGCGCUCUUAGCCGAGCGAAGAGUCCUGCUCACAGCCAGCAAACUCAGCACGCUGACGUCGUGCGUCCACGCGUCCUGCGCUCUCCUGUACCCCAUGCGCUGGGAACAUGUGCUGAUCCCCACGCUGCCACCGCACCUACUGGAUUACUGCUGCGCGCCUAUGCCCUACCUCAUUGGAGUCCAUGCAAGUCUUGCCGAGAGAGUGCGCGACAAGGCCCUGGAGGACGUCGUGGUGAUGAACGUAGACUCCAAUACCUUGGAGACGCCCUUCGACGAUGUGCAGGCGCUGCCCCCAGACGUGGUGUCCUUGCUGAGGCUACGAUUAAGGAAGGUCGCGCUGAGCCCCGGGGAAGGAGUGUCCCGUCUCUUCCUCAAAGCCCAGGCCCUGCUCUUCGGGGGCUACCGCGAUGCGCUGAUCUGCAGCCCGGGCCAGCCUGUAACCUUCGAUGAAGAAGCCUUCUUGGCCCAGAAGCCUGGGGCGCCCCUGCAGGCCUUCCACCAGCGGGCUGUGCACCUGCAGCUGUUCAAGCAGUUCAUUGAAGCCCGGCUGGACAAGCUCAACUCCGGGGAGGGCUUCUCCGAUGCAUUCGAGCAGGAGAUCAGCUGCUGCGGGGCUUCCGCAGGUACCCUCCGCUCCUAUCAGGUCUGGGCCGACCACCUAAAGAAAGGCGGAGGUGCUCUCCUGCAUUCGGUCAAGGCCAAAACCCAACCAGCUGUCAGGAUCAUGUACCGCUCGGCCAAGAGUGGCUUGAAAGGAAUGCAGAGCCUACUACUGUACAAGGAUGGGGACUCUGGCCUGCAGAGGGGAGGCUCCCUGAGGACCAUAACCCUCACCAGCCGCUCGGAUCGCCUACAGCAGCGCCUGCCCAUCACCCAGCACUUCGGACAGAGCAGACCCCUCCGCCCCAGCAGGAGACUUAAGCUGGAAGAGGGAGUCUCUGGGCCCCUGGGGGAGAGGACACCUCCUCUGAGUCCUGAGGACUCCCAGGGCCCAUGGGCAGAGGAAGUUCUGGACAGCAACUUUUUGGGAUCUGGAGAAGAACUGGAUCUGUUGAGUGAGAUCCUAGACAGUCUGAGUGUACAAACUAAGAACAUGGGCAGCCUAAGGCCAAGCCAGAGCUUAGACUGCUGUCACGGAGGGGACCUGGACAGCUGCUUCAGCCUGGUGAGGGGGCCUCCCUAUCGCCCAGUCUUUUCCCAACUGCCCGUGCAAACUGCCAGCUCUUUCCCAGCUGAAAGUCAGCAGCCUGCCCUCUCUCACCCAUGCCCCACCCAGCCUGACAUACCAGGAAGAGCAAGAUGGCAGCCAGAGGAGAAACUGCCCGAGCCCCAGCCCCUGUCCCUGCCUGCAGACCUGUCAUCCCUUCAAAUCACACAAUCUUUGGAAAUCACCUGCUCCUCAAAGAACCCCAAUUCCCAGCUGCCCUCAGUCGCCAGUCAAGAAAUCAUCUCUGCACCCCAGUUCCACACCGCUUCUGCAGACACAAGCAGCCAAGGGGACCCAGGGUCCUCUCCUCUCACUGAGCCCUCAACCCUCCAUCUUUCUCCUGUGCAAAAGGCAACGGGGCAUCCUAGAGCCUGGGAGCACCCUCGCACCAGACUCCCCAUGGCAAACACCCAGCCCAGCCCUCCGAAAAGUCCCCAACUUCUGGACCCCAUGGAGCCCAACUUGGCCAGUGCCAGGACAUCCCAGUCCCUUGAGGCUUCCCCAGUCCCCAGUUUUCCAGAGAACCCCAGAACCCAGCCUCCCAAGGUCCUGCUAGAGCAUGCUCACCCCCAGUUCCCCGAGGAGCCAGGAGCCCCUGAUGCCCCUACCUCACCCACCAGUGACCGGCAAGAGCCCCAGGCCAGGAGGCAGCCUCGAGUUGCUGAUCUUAAGAAGUGUUUUGAAGGUUAAGGAUCAGGGGUGUGGAGGAGACCCUGGACCCUCAAUAAAGCCACAGGAGCCCAAAGCUGGUCUGUCCCGGUGCGUUUAUCCAGGGCCUACCCUCUGCUCAAAACCCACCUGUUCCCUGCUCCAGGGGUGGCCUCUAACAGCUCCUAGGUGCGUCUAAAAGCCACUGUCCUCCAGGAGCCCUGGAACCUUACAGCUCGUCUCUACCUUCAUCUCUCCAUCUAGACUAAUGUUCCCACCAACUCAAAAAAGCUUUAUUACAUCUCACUACCAAUGUUACAUAAAUGUAUAAAAAGUG